CACCCGGUCGAACACAACACCUGCGUCCAUGGGCGGAGGCAGGGGAGCCCGCGGUGGCGGCGGCAGCCUCCACCUCCUCCUCCUCGUCGUGUUUGUCUGGCUCUGCGCCACCGCGACCACCGCGUGGGCGCACGGAGGCGGCGGCAGAGGGGCCGAUUCCGACGCGGACGGCGGUGGCGAGGGGGAGGGGAAGCCGGACCUGCGGGCGAGGGGCCUGGUGGCGGCGAAGCUGUGGUGCAUGCUGGUGGUGUUCGCCGGCACGCUGGCCGGAGGGGUGUCCCCCUACUUCAUGCGGUGGAACGAGGCGUUCCUGGUGCUGGGCACGCAGUUCGCGGGGGGCGUCUUCCUCGGCACCGCCAUGAUGCACUUCCUCAGCGACGCCAACGAGACGUUCCGCGACCUCCUCCCCGACAGCGGGUACCCCUACGCGUUCAUGCUCGCCUGCGCCGGCUACGUCCUCACCAUGUUCGCCGACUGCGCCAUCUCCUCCGUCGUCGCGCGCGGCGCCGCCGCUGCCGCCACCACCGCAGCCGCAGGAGGGCUGGAGGAGGGCAAGCUGAGCAGCACAAAUGGCAACGUCUCUGACCCGCCAGCAGCUGACGCCGCGGCGCGUCACGGGUCGUCGCCCGACGGCCACUCCGUGGCGUCCAUGCUGCGGAACGCGAGCACGCUCGGCGACAGCGUGCUGCUCAUCGCCGCGCUCUGCUUCCACUCCGUCUUCGAGGGCAUCGCCAUCGGAGUCGCCGAGACGAAGGCCGACGCAUGGAAGGCGCUGUGGACGAUCAGCCUGCACAAGAUCUUCGCGGCGAUCGCCAUGGGCAUCGCGCUGCUCCGGAUGCUCCCGAACCGGCCGUUCCUCUCCUGCUUCGGCUACGCCUUCGCCUUUGCCGUCUCCAGCCCCGUCGGCGUCGCCAUCGGCAUCGUCAUCGACGCCACCACGCAGGGCCCGGUGGCCGACUGGAUCUUCUCCGUCUCCAUGGGCAUCGCUACGGGCAUCUUCAUCUACGUCUCCAUCAACCACCUCCUCAACAAGGGGUACAGGCCGCAGAGCCCCGUCGCCGCCGACACGCCCGCCGGGAGGCUGCUCGCCGUCGUUCUGGGCGUCGCCGUCAUCGCCGUCGUCAUGAUAUGGGACACCUGAUCCUUGAUCAUUGCGGACGAAAGCUCGGGUUCUUGCAGCAAUGUGUAAGUUCGUCGUGAAAUUAGCACGGGUAAAGUCUCAGGAUUGUAGCUUGAAUAUCAACGUUGCACCAUUGUUUACUUGUAUGGAUUUUGGGUGAGAAAUCGACCAAAAGUUCGUACGUAUGCAGACAGUAAAACACUCGAGAAAGUCAAA